AUGUUGGAUGUGUCGCUUUUGAAACCAGACCAAACCUCUCUCUCUCCACUGCCGGAUGGUCAUUUUAAAGGUUUAAUAGCAGUUACCUUCUUUGGAUUCUUGUCAUUCGCUUCAUCGUUCGGCUUGUUGGUUCUUCUCUCUUAUAGAUUGAUUUCUUGGAUGAGAGCCGGAAAAGGAUCCAAUCAGUUCGCUAUUCUCAUCUUCAACUUAAUCCUCGCGGAUGUUCAACAAUCGCUGGCGUUCCUUCUGAAUGCAGAAUGGCUCGCCGGUAACGCUAUCAACGUGACCUCGAACUCAUGUUGGGCCCAGGGAUGGUUCAUCUCAACAGGUGACCUAUCAAGUGGUGUGUUCUGCCUCGCCAUUGGCCUUCACACAUUCUCUACAGUCAUCCUGAAUUAUCGCCUCCCGAUGCCAUACUUCUUAUCAACGGUCCUGAUCUGCUGGGUCUUUGUCUAUGUGGCAUCUGUGAUUCCAGUAAUCAUGUAUCCACAUGACAUAUAUGUUCGUGCUGGGGCUUGGUGUUGGAUCAACAGCUCUUACGGUGACCUCCGCCUGUGGACCCAUUACUUCUUUAUCUUCAUCGCAGAGUUUGGCACCGUCUUCAUCUACGCCAGCAUUUACUUUAUGUUAAACCAACGCAUACGGUCCAGUUCGUUCUCGGUAGAUGAAGCAAAGAAAGCAAAGCAAGCUGCCAAACUCAUGGUCGUCUACCCGCUCGUAUACGUAAUAUGUACCGUCCCUCUUGCAUCAGCACGUAUGGCGAGCAUGAGCACCCGCAUGUCACCCUCGGUCGAAGUCCUUUGUUUCGCUGGUAGUAUGAUCACGAGCAAUGGCUGGAUGGAUGUCCUGCUCUACACCUUGACAAGGAAGAUCAUGAUCUUCGGAGAUGAGCCGCCCGAAGAUAAGAUUGGUCUGGAAACAUUUCAGAUACCUGGCGUCAUAGAAUCACGUUUCGGAACGACCACAAUAAUUGUAGCUGCUGGAGGAGGCAAGGGUAGGAACAAAGGCCGGGGGCUUAGCCGACACAACAGCACAGACCAUCUAGUCAGCGAUAUCCACUACCUCAGGGGCGUGAAGACAUCGACCACUGUUGAGGUGCGUACCGAGCCUCUGGAAUUAGGAGAUAUCCAAGAACUGUCCGAAAUCGAUGCGAGGAAGAAUCCGUCAGCCUCGAAGGAACGCGGGAGCUUCGACUCGAAAUGUAAUGAUUCUAUAGAGGGCCAGGAAUGGCCGAAACCGUUCUAG